AUGCCUCUCGGUCGUGCGACCAAGUUUGGUUCUCAAGCUGCUCAGGAUAGUGCAUCUCACCUGAGCAGCAGCCCUACGAGCGAACCAGUCUCUCAUGUCAGCACGUCGCCACAGUCACAUUUGCUCUCGCAAACCCAGUCUCAAGCCCAGAGCCCGAGUGCUAUCUCCCCGUCGCACUCCCAGCCCCAAUCACUGCCACCUUCUAGCUCAGCGCAGCCUGUGAAUGUACCACGGUGGCCAUCGGGUGUACCCACAUCUCACGGCCCAUCACGUGUUGAGCAUACGAACUCACGCAAACACUUGAGUCGCGAACACAGCACAAACUUUUCUUCCUCGCUCCGGAGGCAGCGAAGCAACUCUCGAAGCGCUAGCAAGUCAUCUUUCACAAUCGACACUCUACGCCCUGAUGAAAUACGAUCUGCUAUCGCCGUACUUGGAUCUUACUUCCCACGUGAGGAGACUCCUAGCUCCUCCCAACUGAGUGCGCGAGUUGAUCGCGCGCCUCAUCUUACGUUAGGUGUGUUCGUUUCAUUGCCACCGCCUAUGGUGGCUGGGCCUUUAUCAGUGUCGGGUGACUUGAGGCGCCGUCUCAUUGGCGUUCUGAGUGCCACGGCAGCACCAGCGCAUAUCAUGCAGAGCAUGUAUGGUCACAGUCAGUCAUCACUGGCUCGAGUCGUUUGCAUUCAAGACUUCGGGGUUGAGCAAGGUUAUCGGCACCAGCGCAUUGGGUCGCGAUUGCUCUCUGAAUUUAUCCGGCGCUUACAAGUGCCAGAGUAUGGGAGUGCGCCGCAUCAACAAGAAUACGAAAUUGUUUCUGUCGUUUGUCCGAUGAAAAGGCGCUCGUUUUUCGAGGAGUUUGGCUUCCGCUUCCACUCUUUCAGCUAUGAAUCGCGAGCUAUGGACCCGUGGAUCGAAAUGCGUCGCCAUGUUUCUGGACAUGUGCUCCCUAGUUUAGAUACAUCAUUUGCACAAGAAGAUUGGGCAGACCAGCACUCUUUGUUGUCAGCCAUAAGUUCACCAGCAACACAGGGACUUUCAUUCAACACAACACGGGCAGACAUGGCCGCACUAUCACUGUCUACGUCAAGUGAACGCGGCUUGAACACACGUCCGGCAAGUCCUCUUCCGUUUGGCGCCAUGUCUUUCUCACCCGCGAACAUGUCGCCGCUUGACACGACGUCUGCAACCUCUAACGAACAGAGCAUAUCAUUUUUGCUGCACAAGGCACACAUUGGUGACGGAGCAGCGCGCGACUUGGGCCUUGCUCCCCCCUUAUCCGCCCGACCUCAGCCAAAGCGAAAUCCCGGCAAAGCGUUUGAGGCCAUUUUCGGUGAGGCAAUGGCGAGCAAAACAUUUUCGGAAACUUUUCAAACAGCUCUCAAGUCACGUAUUGUGGAUUUCAAGUACGGCCUGAAUUUGUAUCCUCUACUGUGCCCCAAUGAAGCUUGUGAUUGCACGCUCGUUGCGCGUAAAUCAGCGGAAUGGACUAUGCGUGAGACCGGACCAUUGACCGACACGGUGGCCUCUAUAAAAGGCGAAGACACUUCCUCACAUGUUGACAAUCCCGAGGUUGCCCAUGCGCCUUGGGCAAUUGCUAUGAGCCAAGCGUGCACAGAGUCUACCGCGACGAUUGGACCAGUGCGAGGAUUCUGGCAUGUGCCCAACCCUAUGGGAUUUGACAAUGUGACCUUCACACGCAACAUGGAAUGGACCGUUCCAAGCCCAACAACGCCGCUACCGACAUCCAUGGCGCGUACUUCAUCCUCAUCUAAUCAACAUUCACGACGACGCGAUUCGCGAAACAGCAUGUCUACGUUGCGGCAGACGCUUCGCAUGCAUGAAGCUCCUCAACGUGAAAGUUCUGACUCGGCCGUCCCAGAUAUGCCCGAUGAUUGUCAUUGGGACGUUACACCUGGUGAGGUUCGAACCAUCAAGUACAUUAUGUGUCCCGAUUGUGGUUGUGGCCCGCUUGGUUUUUCGAUUUUACCCAGAGGAACCACAGAAGAAUCACAGCAAUCGGUGAUGCAAAACAAUGACUGCUAUUUAGCAGUAUUUCGUGUUAGAUACUACGUAUAG